CCGCGGCUGGAGUUCUAAAAGGCUUUUCUUCUAGGAGGGAAAGAAGGUGGGCAGAUGGAGGGGGACAGGCUCCCUGUACCCCCUAGUCAGGAGGAGCGUUCGCAGCGGAGCAGCAUCUCCUCCACAGGACCCCGAACUCUGGAUGUCGUGGUGUACCUGAUCAAUGACACAGAGGUGCGGCUGACAGUGGACAACCUGCCUUCGGCCACUGCCCUCGAGUUACAUCGUCUCGUCCGGGAUGCCCUGAGGCUGCCAGAAUGUGCCCUGGAGGUUUUUUCUUUGUGGCUGGUUUCCCCUUUGCUAGAGGUGCAGCUGAAACCCAAGCACCAGCCCUACAAGAUUUGCCGGCAGUGGCAUGAGCUCCUCAUCCGAUUCACCAGCAGCUCUGAAGACGAGAUCUAUGAAGAUGAGCCAUCUCUGCAGUUGCGAAGGAACGUCUUUUUCCCAAAGAGAAAGGAGCUGCAGAUCCAGGAUGAGGACGUGUUGCAGCUCUUGUACGAGGAGGCCAAAUACAACAUCUUGGAAGGGAGGUACCCCUGCGACCCGGUGGACUGUGAGAUGCUGGGAGCUUUGGUCUGCCGGCUGAGCUUGGGCCCAUAUGACCCGGACCGGCACACAGCCUGUUUCUUGAAGGAGAAGUUGGAUUCCUUCCUGCCAUCCCAUCUCUUCCAAAGAGGACAUGGCCUCUUUUCAGCCCUAUGGAAACGCGGGGCCCGGCCACCUGCCUAUGAGCAGGGCCUGCUGCAUGCCUACCAGAUGGUACCUGAAGAUAGGGCCUGUGAGGAAAAUGCUGCCCUGCAGAGACAUUACCAGGCCUACCUGCAAAAGUGCCAUGAACUGCCUUACUAUGGCUGCGCUUUUUUCUCUGGGGAAAUAGACAAGCCAGUGCAGGGCUUCUUGCAUCGAGGAGGGCGCAAAGCUGUCUCAGUUGCCAUCAGCCUGGAAGGAGUCUAUAUCAUCGACAGCAAGGAGAAGCUGUCUGUCUCUGUCUCUCCCGGGCAGCAUGUCUUGCUUGGCCUGCACUUCCAGGAACUGUCGUGGGAUCACACCUUCCCCAGUGAAGAAGAGCACAUUCUGUGGCUGGAGUUCGAUGGAGAGAAUGAAGGCACGGCUGUCAACAAGCUGCUGAAGGUCUACUCCAAGCAGGCAGAACUCAUGAGUGGCCUGAUCGAGUAUUGCAUAGAGCUGAAUGCAGCUGCCAAGGGGGCCACUCAGGACCUGGCUGGCACUCUGACUCCUCCUCCUGAGCCCCAGAGCCCUCCCACUCGCAGGCAGCCCCCCAAGCUGCAGCGACAGAACAGUGUGCUUUGCAGCCGGAUCCAGCACCUUUCCACCAUAGACUACGUCGACGAUGGGAAAGAAAUCCGGAGGGUGAAACCCCGGCGGACUGUCUCCUUCUUUGGCCGCCAGCUGUCCAAUGCUCCUGCCUCCUAUUCUGCUGUGCGAGGCUCUGAGAAUCUGGAACAGGGCUGACUGCCUUUUGGCUCUGGGUGUUUGAAGGGAUUGUUCUAAUUUGUGGGACUGCAAUACCAGCCUGCUGACUUUCUUCUUGGGUCAGAGGCAGUCCAUAAUACUCUCUUCUCCCCCUCGCCCUGCCCCAACUAUAUAUUUCACGUAUGCUAAAUUAUUUUGUCCAGCCUGAGUUGUGCUCUGUGUGGAGUUAGAGCAGAGUUACUCAAAGUCCCUUUUAGGAUUUUUUGACUGUUUCUGACCUGAUUCCCUGCACACAGCAAAGGGGCUCUGGAAGUCCUGGCUGCCAUAAGCCAUGAAGUGCCUUACCCUCCUCUGUCUUUGACUAAGGAUUUUAUGCUGUGUCCUUUCUCUGUAAUUUAUUUUGGAUUCACAUUGCUGCUUUUUUCUGUUUCAAUAGCCUGGCCCCAAAUACUGCUUCAUUUCUAUCCCAUUCUUGUAGCAGGUUCUUCUGUUUGGAGGGGAAAAGGUUCAGAUGGGCCCGUCAGGACAUCUGAAGUAGCUACAGAGGAAAUUUCCAUUGGUGUUGCUGGAAAAAGCAGGGCUUGAAUAAUACAUGGCAAGUUGUAUCAGGUUUGUUUGCCCUGCCCUACCUCGUAACCUUCCAAGAUCCUUUUUUUUACAGGUGUUUGUACUUUUCACACAAGAAAAACCUUUUUCUUUUCUUUUUCUUACAAAUGGCUCAGUGACUGUGUCCCCAGAGGGGAAAUCUCCGAAAAACACUACAGGGUUUUGGGAUUCCUUGAGCUUAGCUUUCUUUCAAAAGCUCCUUUUAUAUACUCUAAGCAGAAGAAACUCUGCUAAAACAGUGUCUUUGGGAUGUGGCUUCCUUUUCGUUCACUACUGCUUACGUAUGGUGUCUCACAAGUCUGGUGAGUGCGUAUUCACAGCAGGUUGGCAUCGAAUGGCUCAACUGCAUGCCUACUGCUUCCCCACAUUGGCACUGACAAAGAAUUUUGUUAAAUGCGCCUCUGUUUCACCUUGAAGUUCGUCUGUGUUCAUCCACAAAUGCUUUCUUAUCACAGGAGAGUAGGCCGAAGCCAGCUACAUUUCUGCUGCGGAUUAAACACCAGCUGAGGUGUUCAUUUUGGGAGAGGAGGAAGCACAUCCUGUUCCUUUUGUUUUUGGUGUCUGGGAAGACCUCACUAUGUUCCCAAUUAAAAAUAAAAAUCGUCAGACUGUAAUAUACAGUCAUUCUCCUUUUGUAUAUUUGCCCCAAUACACACUUCCUGCACUUCCAGGAACUGAAAGUUCCUCUUGCACAUAUUGAGGUAUACCUCAUACUAAUCCACACAGCCACCAGCCAAUAUGGAUGCAGCUUGAUUCUUGUUGAUAAUCCAAUUAUACUUUAAACUAAAAAGUAAAAUGACAGCCCCUUGAAGGCUAUUUGUUCACUGCUGCAGUUGUGAGGGGAAGGGGAGCCAUGCCUUCCCAGACAGUUUAGGUUUGUUUCCUGGGAAAGGGAAGGUAGGGGAAUUUGGACUCAACUAUUUUGGUGCUGUUUUUGCGCUUCAUCUUAACUCCAAAGACAUGCUCACAAGUGGGUGUCUAGUCAAAAUCUUACCAACUUUGUUGUCCAUCACACUCUCGACAGCUCCACUUGGUUGUGGAUUUAAAUGGCAGCACCCCCACCCCUUUAAAUUCUGGAUCCAAAACACAUAAGUGGCUCCAAGUCUCUUCUAGUAUCUUUUUCACUCAGUUCUCAAGGGUAUCCACUGGUCUGGCAAUUCAAGCAUUAUGGGAAGAAUAAAGCUUAUUUAAAAAUGCUUGCUCUCCUUUCCUCCCCAGUGACUCUCUUUGAGUUCAGGCAAGUGCCUUUUAUUGAAAAGAAAUUGUGCCUUUUUACUUAAUCUCUGUUUGCAGAGUUUAUAUGCAGUUGUUAACUUGGGACAGAUAUUCUUUAUUGCAGUAAAGACAGUGGAAUCAGUAAACCGUUGCGUGUUUUUUAAUGUCCUUAAAAGUUUCUCCAGAUGCUGGAUGACGUUUUAUUUACAAAAGAUUUGAACACAAGGAUGUUAGCGGCCACAGUCCUUGGCUCUUGGUAAUUUUCUGUAUUGCCAAUAAAUUGCUUUGCCUGUA